CCAUUCCAAGGGCGAUUGUGGAUCUGGCCAUUGCAGGGGCGACGGAUGGAUGUGGAUGAUGGAUGUGGAUGGAUGUGGAUGUCGAUGUCGAUGGAUGUGGAUGGACGGAUCGAAGCGCUGCCGUUGCUGGAGCCGAGGGAUACGUGCUGAUCGACGGAUCGGCUGCGAGAUCCGAGUCCCCGUUGGAGAAAGCAGGUCUCGGAAAGUCGAGCCGCCAUCGACGGCGGAAUUCGGGACGCGGCCGAAUCCCCAAUCGCCCUUGCUCGUGAAAUCUGCGCUGUCCAAAACGACUGCCGAAGCGACCCCGCCCUGCCUCGUCUGACUUCUCCUGCCCAGCCGCCCAAUGUCUGCCCCGGAGGAAGUGCAGCCGCCCCAUGCCCGGAGGCAUCCGGAUCUGCAUGUCCAUAUCCCGACGCCCCGCAUCCCGCCCUCGGAGAUGCUGACCCAUGCCGCUCGGGCGUCGCUGAGGGCAAUGUGUCUCGGAUUCGGCAUUCGCAGUGGGUUCUUGCUUCUCGUCAAGCUUAUUGCGGUGCUGCGAAGAAAAACGAGUAUCAGGAGUGCCAUUCGGCGGUCGCUCUUCCAUGAGGAGACCCUCCGCUUUGCCGCCUUCUUUGGAUCCUUUGCAUUCAUAUGGAAGCUCGUCAACAACAUCAUGGUUCACCUGCGCCAGAAGGAGGACAAAUGGAACGGCUUUGUCGCUGGAUCGCUGGCUGGGCUCUCGAUCCUUGCCGAGGAGAGUGGCCGCCGAAGAGCCAUUGCCCAGCAGCUGGCCGUGCGUGCCUGCCAAUGCAUCUACAACGGCCUGAAGAGCCGCGGGAUUUUCCACUUCCACAUGGGCGACACUCUGAUCUUUGCGCUGUCAACAGCCCAAAUCAUGUACUCGUAUGUGGUCCAGCCACACACCAUUCCCAAAGUAUACUACAACUUUAUUGUCUCGAUCAGCCCAAUCCCCGACGACAUCCUGAAGCUGGUGCGCCGCAACGUCAAGGAGAUUCCGAUCCCAAGUAUUGAUUUCAUCCAAGCGGCGCGGGCACACCACGGAACAGCCCGAGCCCUCAGCGUCGCUUCGGAGCUGUCGUCGCUCCCUUCGAUCAUCCCAUGCGAUAUUGUACACCCGAGUACAUCUUCAUGCACGCAACAUGGACUGAGAACCUUCUUCCGUGUUGUCAUCCGGAUCUUGCCUGUGCAUCUGGGGCUCAACGUCGUGCCUAUGAUUCUGCUCAAGCACAAGGACUUUAUCAAAACGCCCCUCGCGGUUGUUCAAAAGGCCAUCAGCAACUCUGCAGUGAGCACAACCUUCUUGGCAACGUUCACCUGGCUUUACAUGACGCUAGCGUGUGGCACGCGUAGACUCGCCGACUUUGGUCUCAUGAAGCAAGACCAUCGAUACAACUACUGGCUCAUCGGAUUGCUGGCUUCCUCGGCUAUCCUGAUCGAGGACAAGCGGCGACGAUCGGAGCUGGCAAUGUAUGUUGUCCCUCGCGGACUCGUGGCCCUGUACACGGUGAUGUACGAGCGCAAGUGGAUGAUCCGGAUUCCGCACUUUGAUCUUGGCAUGUUCUCCGUGGCAAUGGGUGUCUUGAUUGCCUUCUACCAAACGGAGCCUACGGCCAUGAGCAGCCUUAUCUACAAGAUUCUCAAGAGCAUCGACUCGAUUCUCGAAGACGGCAUCUUCUUCAGCAACAGCGCCAGCAAGGCGCUGCCUGCAGAACCCUCGCCCGAGAGCGCCGAUGUGUACACGGACUCUGUGGAUGUCAUCAGCGUCGAGGUGCUUGCACCAGUCAUUGGAGGGCUCGAAAGCCGGGAUGACGAGAACGACAGUGCGGCAGAAGUCGAGUCUGACACGCCCAGCGCGGAAGAGUCGCUGAAGAUUGCAUCUUUCAGCGAGGACGAGGAUGCAACGACGGCGCGUGAAGGGGCUGCUCGGCCGUGACGCUCGACGCACAGCGACUGAGGAUAUGCAAUCCAAGUUUGAGAGAAAGAGAGUUUCGGAGCCAGAGCGAAGCGGAUCAUGUCGCAAUACACUGAACCGUGACGACUCCAA